AUGAACUUAGUAUGUUUGACUAGCCCAAGGAGUAAGAUAGCGAAGGUAAUGGCGGCAGAGUUGGUGGUGGCGGUGCUAGGUGGUGUGGGUGUGGAUGCUUCUGUACAUGGGCUCAAGGAUGACGUAGCAGCCCCUCCUGUGCGCCCAGCCAGCGCAGCAGCCUCUCUUGAGCGCCCCGCCAGCAGCGAAGGAGACGAGUUGGAUGGGUCCAAUGACGAGCAUGUAGAUGCGCAUUACGUCUCCGUAGCAUCGGAAUAUAUCGGAGUAGGAUGGUUUGACAUUUGGUUGGAUUUUGCAGGUGUGGAGGUUUUAGUAGAUGAGGUCGAGGAUGAGUUGAACCAUAGCGUUUCCGCGGAGGUUAAGGUCCUGCCGAGGACCGUCUCGGCUUCUUGCAGGGUUUUAUACGGCAGCAUUGAUGUUGGUGGUGGCGGCAGCGGUGACAGGGAAGGGUGGUUGUGA